UGUUGUUCAUGAUCCAAAAAAGAUAGGUUUCUGCCACUAGCAACAUAAACAAAAUCUUACUUUGCUGCUUAUUGAUUUGAAAACUGCUUAGCUGCUAUGAAGCCCGCGGUUGACGAAAUGUUUCCUGAAGGCGCCGGGCCAUACGUGGAUUUAGAUGAGGCAGGGGGAAGCACCGGUCUGCUGAUGGACUUGGCUGCCAAUGAGAAAGCCGUACACUCCGAUUUCUUCAAUGAUUUUGAAGACCUCUUUGAUGAUGAUGACAUCCAGUGAUGAAGACUUCAGACAUUUUUGAAGACUUUGAUAUGAAAAUUGUCAUUGUUGCAUACGGAAGUUGUUUUUUGAUGGAUACAUAUAUUUUAAUGUUUACUGU